AGUGUACACGAUACACGCACACGUCGCACGAGGUCUAGCAAGUGUAUUAGUCGUAUUGGUGGAUAAGCACUACGCGGUUUUCAUUUAGUCGUAAUUUUGUCACUCGAGUCACUCGGUGAUCAGUCGAAGCAGCCGAUUCGGCAAGGGCAAAGCAAAUGACCUCUUGAAUAACACGGAUUGUUUCUGCACUCUUUUGCCAACAUUUCCAUCACACCUCAGCUCAAUAUUUACUAAAUCACAAUGCUGCCCAACUACGCCAAGCACCUGUGCAAACGUGUUGCCUCAACACAACAAUGCCUCGGUGAUAAAGUGGCUGGAAAGUGUCCAAUUACAUUUGAUUUUAAAAAGGCACUUGGUUUGUUGAAUGUGAACAAGAACAAUUAUGCCACUGAAGCAAACUUUGAAACAAAACCAUUUAGAUUACAUAAACUUGAUGAAGGUCCCUCCACAAAAGCAACUCUCAAUAGAGAUGAUGCCCUUGCAAUGUACAAACAAAUGCACACCAUUAGGAGGAUGGAGACAUCAGCUGGCAACUUGUACAAAGAGAAAAUCAUCAGGGGUUUUUGUCAUCUGUAUUCUGGACAAGAAGCAGUUGCAGUUGGAAUUAAGGCAGCACUUAGACCAACUGACUGUGUGAUUACAGCCUACAGAGCACAUGGUUGGACACAUCUUAUGGGUGCUUCCAUUGUUGAAGUCCUUUCUGAACUUACAGGAAGAGAGAGUGGUUGUGCUAAAGGCAAAGGAGGAUCUAUGCACAUGUAUUGUGAUAAUUUUUAUGGUGGAAAUGGUAUUGUUGGAGCACAAGUACCUUUGGGUGUGGGCAUUGCAUUAGGGUUAAAAUAUCAAGGAAUUGAUGGAGUGUGUGUUGCAUUGUAUGGUGAUGGAGCAUCUAAUCAAGGACAAGUCUUUGAGGCCUACAAUAUUGCCAAGUUGUGGAAUAUUCCGUGCAUUUUCGUAUGCGAAAACAAUGGAUAUGGAAUGGGCACCAGUGCUGAUAGAUCAUCAGCUAGCACAUCAUUCUAUUCCAGAGGUGAUUAUAUUCCUGGAAUUUGGGUGGAUGGUAUGGAUGUUUUGGCAGUUAGGGAAGCAGCUCGUUUCUCUGUGAAUCAUUGCACAAGUGGGAAAGGACCUAUUGUACUCGAAACUGCUACAUACAGAUAUUCAGGACAUUCCAUGUCCGAUCCUGGCACAAGUUAUCGUACACGUGAUGAAAUCCAAGAAGUGCGUCAAACUAGAGAUCCGAUUACAUCUUUCAAAGAAAAAUUACUGUCUGCAAGUCUUGCAACUGCUGAAGAACUCAAGAAAAUUGAAAUGGAAAUCCGUGUAGCUGUUGAUGAAGCGACGAAGCGCGCAAAGGGUGACAAAGAAAUCCCGUCGAACGAGUUAACUGCCGACAUUUACUGCGAAAACGUUGCUGGACCAAUCCGCAACGUGACUAACUUCAAUGCACUCAGUCACACAAGGAUUGGCGCAGCUGUUAAUAAGUAAUACAUAUUAACAGACAUUGAAUCCCGAAAACUUGCUUUAUUAUCAUGCAUUUACAUCUAGGCGAUUUAAGACAGCUGAUUGUGAACCAUGUUGUUAUGCAAAGUGUAUAAAAUCAUUAUGAAUUGUUAUUAUUUAUAGAGAAUUAAAAAGUUUAUACACUA